ACCGCCUCCCACCUCCGCCCUUAGCCCCGCCCCCGCCUCCUGUCCCCGCCGGGUCUCGGGGUGCUGCUGCGGGCGGCCGAUCGGCGGCCGGAGGCUCCUUUCCCGGCCAGCCGCCAGGUCCAGGGUGUCGCGGGUAGCCCCCUGCAGGAGUGGCAGGGCCACUGACAGCGAUUGCAUUAUCCCUACCAUUUACUAGUCAAGAGUACAAAUAACAAAAACACUAUGUCCAAUGAAGUUUUUAGCACAACGCUGGCAUAUACAAAGAGUCCAAAAGUCACCAAAAGAACAACUUUUCAGGAUGAAUUAAUAAAGGCAAUUACGGCUCGUUCAGCCAGACAGAGGAGUUCUGAAUAUUCGGACGACUUUGACAGUGAUGAGAUUGUUUCCUUAGGUGACUUUUCUGACACCUCAGUAGAUGAAAACUCAAUUAAAAAGAAAAAUAAUGACUUCCACCUAUCAGAUGAAGAGAGGAAUUCUCCAAAACUGUCAUUUUUGAAAACCAAGAAAUCAAUUAGUGACAUAAUAAAAGAUGAACCAAUAGUUUCCGUCAAAAAUGAUGAGGAAAUAGCUCCCGAUGGCUGUGAAGAUGAGGCUGUGAUUCCCUCACCUGAAUCCCAAGACAAAGACCAGGACAUUGAACAGGAGAAAACUGAAAUGAAGCCGAAGCCGAGAAUUCUCUCCAUCCAAAACACAUCUUCAGCAGAAAACAAUGGUGGCCUCGAAGCUGAUAAUCAUUUUAAACCAUGCCCUCGGCCAAGGAGCAUGUUGAAGAAGCCUGGCCCCAAGGAGGAGAAAGAUGGACUCCCAGAAGAUGGGGACGCUGCCCUCAGCGGGGAGUCGGAGUCCCCCGCACCUUUGCCCCUACCGAGGCUCGGCGGCAGACCACCGGAAGUGGAGAGGACCUCCUGCUCCGAAAACCUGGACACUGAGCAGGAUUCAUGGUUAACCAGUCCAUCAUCAUCAUCUCUUAAAGAAAUUCUUGAAGAUUCUUUUGUACCAGGAUCUGAAGAAAAAGUAUCCACAAAAGACCAACAUGAAGAAUACACUGAAAAUCAUUCCGUGAAAUCAAGUGAAAAUGAAGAGAAUUCAUUUUUGAUAGAAGAUGAUACUGUAGCACUUGAGAAAUCUAAUGGAAGUCAAGUGACAUCUGAUGACCUUGAAGAAGAAAAGGAAAAAACUGAGCUGAUUACUACGACUGAAGACUUAACAGUUGACACAACACUGUCAAAAUCACAGAGUACAUCACUGUCUACCAAUGGAACAGAAUCUGCAAAAAAAAAAAUUGAAGAUAGAAAUAUGAAGACUAAAAAGUCAACUAAUAAUAGAGCAUCCAGUGCAACUGCCAGAUUAAUGACCUCUGAGUUUUCAAAGAAAUCUAGUUCAAUAAGGAGAAGUCCAUCGGCAACUACCUCUUCUCACUAUCUUGGCACUUUGAAAGUCUUGGACCAGAAGCCCUCACAGAAACACAACCUAGAACCUGACAAAGCAGAUAGCAUCAGGGCAGCUGUUUAUCAGGAGUGGCUAGAAAAGAAAAAUGUGUAUUUACAUGAGAUGCACAGAAUUAAAAGGAUUGAAAGUGAAAACUUAAGGAUUCAAAAUGAGCAGAAAAGAGCCGCUAAGAGAGAAGAAGCAUUGGCAUCGUUUGAAGCUUGGAAGGCCAUGAAAGAAAAGGAGGCAAAGAAACUAGCAGCCCAAAAACGGCUUGAGGAGAAAAACAAAAAGAAAACUGAAGAAGAAAACGCAGCGAGGAAAGGAGAAGCUCUCCAAGCUUUUGAAAAAUGGAAAGAGAAAAAGAUGGAAUAUCUCAAAGAGAAGACGAAAAAGGAGAAGGAGUAUGAAAGAGCAAAGAAACUGAAAGAGCAGGAAACCGUAGCCGAGAAAAGGAAAGACAACUUAACUGCCUUUGAGAAAUGGAAUGAAAAAAAGGAAGCUUUUUUCAAGGAAAAAGAAAAAGAGAAAAUAAAUGAGAAAAGAAAGGAAGAACUGAAAAAAGCUGAGAAAAAAGAUAAAGAUAAACAAGCUAUAGAUCAAUAUGAAAAAUGGCUGGAGAGGAAAGAAAGGCAGGAAAGAAUUGAACGAAGACAAAAGAAACGUCAUUCCUUCAUUGAGAACGAGGCGCACCCUCCAUGGAGCCCUCCGAACAGAACUGUGUUCUCCAGAGUAUUCUGAUCAUCCGAAAUGACAGUGCUACUGGGCCAUUUAACAACUCGCCAGUUGAAGCCAUGGGUUUUUAAACUGCUUGUUAUUUAUGGUUAGAAAAGUAUUUUAAUGAAGUGCUAGUGCUAGUAGUGAUGACAAAAGUGAAAAAUACUUCUUAAUUUAAUCAUUGAAAACAUUACCAUCAUCAUCAUCAUCGUUAUUAUUAUUAUUAUUACUGUUAUUAUUGGGCAAGGAAUCAACCCCAGAGCCUCACACGUGAGGCAUGUGCUCUCCUGUUGCACCACAUCCCCAGCCCUGUGAAAGUAUGUUUUGUUCUUUGGGGGCCACAACUGGUGGUGCUCAGGGGCUAUUCCUGGCUCAGUGCUCAGGAGUCAUUCCUGGCAGUGCUUGGGGAACUGUGUCUAUCAGGGGUUAAGCCCAGGCCUUCUGCAUUCAAAUACAUGUUCCAGCCCAUUGAUUUAUCUCUCUGACCCCUGAGAGCAUUUUUUUUUAAGCACAGAAAAACUGCCUCAAAUGGAAAGCUAACAAUCAGAUCGCUCUUAGCAUUAAAAUACAUAAGAUGUCGUGUACUGGUGACUGUUCAGCGGCUGUGAUUCGUGAUCACUUUCACCAAGCUGUGCAGACUAUUUAAGUAUGCUUAUUCCCAGCAAUGAAAAAACAAAGCCUUAUAGUUACCAUAAUCAUAAAAAUAACUGAAUUUCUAAAUGUUUUGUCAGUCUAGAUUCUGGGGUGUACUGGGGACUAUGCUUAAAUUAUUUAUUGUAAAACUGGCUCUUUAGCUCAAAACUGUUGCUUUUACAUAGUUCAUGUUAGAAAUUUGGUCAGUUGCUUCAGUAGUAAUCAUGGAAAUAUCUCUAAUACUCGGCAUUUUGUUUAAGGAUUUGGCUUCCUUUUUUAUUGCUUUGAUUUGGGGGCCAUCCCUACAGUGCUCAGGGCUCCUCCCGGCCUUGUGCUUAGGGACCACCUUACAUUUUAGUACUUACUUUAUCUGUUCAGGCUUAUGUGGCCAUUGUAGGCAUUAUACAAUGAAUUGAUCUCUGAAAUUUAUUUUUCUAGAUUCUCUCUGACUUUACUUUGGUGAUAGCAGAAGAUAGUCAUUUUGUGAUAGUGAUAUCCUUUAGUUAUGUCAGUUCCACAGGAAUUCAAACUCACGAUUCAGAUGAAAGUUACAAUCGGAGGUUAAGGCAGUUGUGCUUUUUACAUAUUCAAAGUUUCCUAGCUUAUAUGCAGAAGACAGCUGAAUGGAAAGGAAAUGUGUGUAUAUAUACAUGUACUAUAAUGGUUUUGGUUGGGGAAAUGAUUCAAAGAACUGGAACAGCUGCUUUCCAUGCAGAAGGUUUGGGUUCAAUUCCUAGCACCCCAUUGUCCACUGAGCCAAACCAGGAGCAACCCCCAAGCACAACUUUUAUUUAAUUCAAACCAAAACAGAUUGUCCAAAGAAGCCCUUAUUUUAUGUCUGCAUAUAUUUUAUACUCACACUACAACUAACCAGCUUUUUUUUAUUACAGAGCCAAUGUAUGCUCUUUAGAUUUCAGAUGCUAUUUCUGCCACUAAUGCCGUACAGAUAACGGAUGAGAACAUCGUUGUUAUUUAUUUAGUGCCAGUCCAUUCUGCUGAGUCCUUGUAGUUUGUUAUUUCCCAUCGUUAGAAAACUAUUCCUGAUGGAUGUUAGAUGCUUCAUUUUUGCAGACAAAUUAAUGCCGAGGCUCAGAAAUCAAGUAACCUGCCACACAUGAGUUGAUUUUAGAACUGGUUUGCAACUGUCUCUCUCCCCCUACAGCUUACAUGCUCUUUCAUGCUCUCCUAUGGCUUCAGAGAAUUGUAAAUUCUUUCAUGAUCUCUGUAUUAUAUCAACCUUAUAAACACAUUUUACCUCUCAGAGCCUAAAACCAUGUAUUAUUGUUCAGAAAAUAUUUUCGCUUUAAGAGAUAACUCUAUUAUUAGAGAUAGUUGGCCUACUACAUCUAUUGCAAAUCAGAAUUGUAAAGGGGUUAGUUGAAGGCCUGGUAUGUAGUAUCAGUAACCCAGAUUACUGAAGGGUUAUGCAACAUAGACUUGGAGAUAAUCACUUAGAAGGCCUUGUACUCUGAUGAUUUACUUUACUGCAGACCUUGUGCAACUAAGAAAGGUGACAUAGAUCACUUUGUAGGAUCACAUCAAUGCUAUAAACAAAAAAAAAAAUAAGUAAAACUGGACAUCUUUUUAUACUGCCAGAAUUAGGAAAACAUUUAAUGAAAUGGAAAUGAUUGCCAGCAAUAUGUAUUAAAGCAUAAGUUCUUAUUCACCUGAGUAUCCCCCAUGAUACCAGUCAUGACACCUAUCAGAUUAUAUUAUAUUAUAGUCUUUAUUGUAUAGAAGUAGUGUUCAUGAACUAAAAAAGGUAUCAACUUUAGAAAAGUAAAAUGAUUCCAUAGCACUUUUUAGGGAUCAUAAAUCAUGAAUGUGUUAUUAAUUUCAAACUAAAAUUCAUUAAAUUCCUGCUCAUUUUUAUGUCUUACCAAAUUUAAUGAUUUGUCAUCAUUACCUCAUGAGAAUUGAAUAAGUUAAUUAAUGAAAAGCAUAAGGGACAUAAGAACUUGAUAAAUGUAUGUUGCUAUCACUUAUUACCAUGUAUUCUACAUUAUGUAUUUAUUUAACACAAGGAGAAGUAUGCUGUUUAGCUAGUUCAGGCUCUGCCACUUAAAUAAGAAUACAGAGAUAUUCUGUGAUUAAAAAGAGAAAAUAAAAUAUUAAUUUCUUAAUAUAUAAAGUUACUUGUAAAGUAGGAUGGGAAGAUAAACCGCAACGUUUUUUAAGACCCAUUAAGUUCUACCCAUCCCUUAAAUGGGGAUCUUUGUCUUAGUAGAAGAAAUAAUAUAUUGUUUUCUGUUUAGAACAAGCUGUUCUGAGAGUAUCUAGUAAGAUUUCUAUUUCUAUCUCUAUUUUAUAUAUUUCUGUUAUUUUCUCCUGUAAUAGGAAUAGUGUUGAGUUUUGGAGCUGGCUGAAGAUAAAUAAUGUUUACUUUCUGAAACUCAAAAGAGAGAACCAAAUCCUGAUAAUCUCAUAAAUAUAUUUUAUCUAUGGGGUAUGACUUUUCCAUAUCUCCUUAGAAAAAUUUAAAGUAUCAUAUAACUAUUUGCUCAUUAACAUAUAUGAAUGAAACUAUGUGUGUUGUAGACACACAUAAUUAUAUACAUAUAUAUACACAUUCAUGUUAAACUUUUGGCUUUGGAGCUGGGGAUGUGUCUCAGUGGUAAUGUCUGCCUGGCACACCUUAGGUUCUGGUUCAAUACCUGGUAUUGUCCAUAACCUCGCAGAAAAGUAAAUUUUUUAAGUAGGCUUUAAAAGGUCCAGAAAGAUAGCACAGCAGAUAAGGCACUUGCUUUUCAUGCAAUCAACUCUGGUUUGAUCUCUAGUUCCACAUACCUCACACUCCACCAAGAAUGAUCCAUGAGCACAGCCAGGAGUAAGCCCUGAGUACUGUGAGAUAUGGCCCAAAAACCAAAAAGAAAAUUAAAAUAAUCUUUAAAAAAUAACUUUAAAACUUAAAUUUUAUAAGUUGUAUUUACCAUUUGAUGUUUGCACUUCAAUAUGAAAAAGAGGGGGGUUUCAUUAUUAUUCUAAAUCAAUGGAAUAAUUUCUCUGCAAAUUUAAAUAUUCAUAAUAUAGAUUUAAGAAAACCAAAAAUUUAAGUUUCAUAAUAACCAAGAAAAUAUUAUUGCAUAAGUUAAGACAUUGUAUUUCAGAGCAGAAAAGUGAUACAGUUCCUUAAUAAAAGAAAAUAGAAACCAAUCAUGAGAGAACAAUAUUCCAGUGGUUUAUGUCAUAUCACAUUCUAUUUAGAUCAUUUUCUUAUUUUAAAUUGUAUUAAAACAUUUUUCACUGUUGCUAAGCAGUCUGGUAGUAGUAGUGUCCACAGUUGCAUGUACCCCUGAGUGACGUAUGAAAUAUGAAAGGGAGCUUAAUAAUUUAACCGCCUGGUCCAAAUCAUUAUUUUUAAGUAGAAGAAGCUACUAUCCCCAAUCUUCGGCUUGCCCAAGUUCAGAAAAUGACUAGGAAAUCUAGUCAUUCUUAGGAAAUCUAUUUAGAACAAAGGAGUCGGGUUUUGCAAUUGCUCACUAGGAUGUAAUUUUCCUAUUCUGAUAAAACUAUCUCACUGACUUAUGUAAUCAGGCUUAUUAACUUGGUUGGUUUUCUUUCUCCUAAAUCCCCUUCCUCUUCCUCUGAUUUUCAUAACUCUAGUAGAUAAAGCUGUUUGAGCAGCUACACUAUGAGUUACAAUAUAGAGAAAUACUGACUUUUCUUCAUCCGGAGUUGGGCUCUUGUCCAAGAGACCACAGAGAAAAGAAAUUUCACGAAAAAUAAGUUGCAUGGUAUAGUUCCUAAGAAACAACUUUCCCUAAUCUAAUUUUGGCUAUUAUUCAGUGGUCGAAUAUUUAAAUUCUUAUGCUUACAUUCUACAGAAAAAUAACAGGUUUGCUGCUUCCCAGGUGCAUUAGCUGAUAGAAUAAUAAUUACAGGUGUUAUAACUGGAGAAUACUGGAAUUCCUUUUCUUUAUAAUGUCUUGUGAUUAUAUUGUUUCGAAAUACCGAUGUGACGUGCAAUCAUAUAAUGUUGACCUGGAUAGAGGAAAUGCUUGAUACUGAAUUUAGGAGGUUGUUUUAAGAGUGAUUUGCAGAGAUAUGUAUAAUAAGUGCAUUUUAGUAACAUAUUUGAAUGUAAUGCUUAAUAAAAGUGAACCAUUCAAGA